GUUAGUUUCGUUGUGAAUUUUGUGCAGUUAAAGUAAAUUAGUGAAAAAUGACUGGUCGUGGUAAAGGUGGCAAAGGCUUGGGCAAGGGUGGCGCAAAACGUCAUCGCAAAGUAUUGCGUGAUAACAUUCAGGGUAUCACAAAGCCAGCUAUCCGUCGUUUGGCUCGACGUGGCGGUGUAAAACGCAUCUCUGGCUUAAUUUAUGAAGAGACCCGUGGUGUGCUCAAGGUGUUUUUGGAGAAUGUUAUUCGUGAUGCUGUCACCUAUACGGAACAUGCCAAAAGGAAAACAGUCACAGCUAUGGAUGUUGUAUAUGCAUUAAAAAGACAAGGCCGCACCCUUUACGGUUUCGGCGAAAUGACUGGUCGUGGUAAAGGUGGCAAAGGCUUGGGCAAGGGUGGCGCAAAACGUCAUCGCAAAGUAUUGCGUGAUAACAUUCAGGGUAUCACAAAGCCAGCUAUCCGUCGUUUGGCUCGACGUGGCGGUGUAAAACGCAUCUCUGGCUUAAUUUAUGAAGAGACCCGUGGUGUGCUCAAGGUGUUUUUGGAGAAUGUUAUUCGUGAUGCUGUCACCUAUACGGAACAUGCCAAAAGGAAAACAGUCACAGCUAUGGAUGUUGUAUAUGCAUUAAAAAGACAAGGCCGCACCCUUUACGGUUUCGGCGGUUAAGAAGUUACAUUUGCCCAAAUGUGCAAAUAAAGAAAACAAUCGGUCCUUUUCAG